CUGGAGGGGACAUGCCGGCAGUCGGAGACGCCGCGCCGCCGCGACCACACACUUGACCGGUUAAAAAAAACAACCCGCAAAACAUGAGCAGUUUCUGAAUCGCGAACUUUUUGGUGGUUCUUAAAAAGUGGUAUAAACUUUUUGGUGACAAUGAAUGAGACGACGACAGAAGCGGUGUUUGACGCGGAGGGUGGCUUGGUGGAAUGGGAGCGGUACCGGAGGCUGGUGCGCUCCUGGCUGGAGGUGCCCGGCUACGAGGUGCACGAGGGGCUCCCGGCGGCCGAGCUCGCCAUGGACCAGGCCUACGUGUUGGCCGACCCUGAGACUGAUGUGGGGGUGUACCGCCUCUCCGAUGACUGCUUUCGGUGUCCCUACGAGCUGGUGAAAUACCUCCGCGGGGGGGCGCGGGGGUGGUGGGCGGAGGACACGGCCCGCGGCGCCACCUGGCGGCUGUACCCCGCGCGCGACCAGUACAUCUCUGCUGCUAACACCGAAAACAUGAUAUGCCAGCUGCGCCCGGAGCUGGGCGAGUUCGGCGUGUACCGUCUUAAUGUGACUGGAAGAGAUUGCCAACUCAUCACCGAACAGGAGCCCGUCGAUAUAUACAUGCCGCUAUACCUGUUGCUGUGCGUGCUGGGCGGCGUCGCGCUGCUCUACUCAAUAGGCGCGCUGCUGGCCGCCCGCCUGCGCCGCUCGGGCAAGCUGCGCUACGGAGACAAAGAGCUGCAGAUGCAGCAGCGCCUGCGCGCGCUGGAUGCCUUCCGCGGCAUCGCGAUAGUCCUGAUGAUCUUCGUGAACGACGGCGCGGGCGGCUACUGGUGGCUCGGCCACGCAACGUGGAACGGGCUGCUGGUCGGGGACCUGGUGUUCCCCGCCUUCCUCUGGAUCAUGGGCGUCUGCAUCCCGCUGUCCACGAAGGGGGCCUUCGCUAAGGGCAUCCCGCGGUGGAAGAUUUUGGUGCAUGUCGUCCGGCGUUCAUGCGUAAUGUUCCUCCUCGGCGUGGCCCUCAACUCGGCGUCGGGCGCGGCGCUGGGCUCUCUCCGAGUGAUGGGGGUGCUGCAGCGGCUCGCCGUCAGCUACCUGGUGGCCGCCGGGUUCUACGCGAUGACCGCCAAGAAGUACUUCACGCCUAGUCGCGGCGCAUGCGGACAAGCUUGCAAGGACGUGCUGUCGUGCGCCUACUCCUGGGCCCUGGCCGGGGUGCUGCUGGUGGCGCAUACUGUCAUCACCUUCGUACUGCACGAGCCCGGAUGCCCCGCCGGGUACCUGGGCCCGGGCGGCAAGCACCUCGAGUGGGCGGCGGCGAACUGCAGCGGCGGCGCGGCGGGCGCGGCCGACCGGCUGCUGCUGGGCGCCGCCCACAUGUACCAGGGCGGCGCGCGGAGUGUGUACGGCGGGCUGGUUACAGAGCCUGAGGGGCUGCUGGGCUGCCUAACCUCCAUCGUGCAGACCCUGCUCGGGGUGCAAGCGGGUGCCACAGUACUGCUCCAGCGGUCUCACACGUCCCGCGUGGCGCGCUGGCUGGCCUGGGCGCUGGUGUUCGCGCUCACCGGCGCUCUGCUGGCAGGGUUCUCGAAGGAGCACGGGAUCGUGCCGAUUAAUAAGAACUUGUGGUCAAUCUCCUUCGUGUUCGUGACCACAUCCAUCAACCUCGUCAUCCUGAGCUUGUGCUACGUGCUAACGGACGCUUGGCACGCGUGGGGCGGCGGGCCCGUGCGAGCCCCGGGCCUCAACGCACUAGCCCUCUAUGUCGGAAGUCAGCUCUGCUACCAGCUGUUCCCCUUCCACUGGCGAGUCGAGAAUAUGAACACGCAUGCGGUGGUGUUGUUAGAAGCGGCUUGGGGGACCGCGCUGUGGUUGAUCGUGGCGCAUUUGUUGGCGAGGAAGAAGGUGUUUAUUACUCUGUGAUGGGAGGUUGGAAUUGAGAGCCAUGCUUAAACUGACUAUUCCUUUAGGCUGGUCAAAGCCAAGACUAAAGGAAUAGGAAGUUUAAGCAUGUUUGAGAGACGUAUUUAGGUUAUGAUCGCUUGUUGCGCAGUCCCAAAUGAUGGUAGCAUUUUCAGAAACAACAGAGAAGCGAUCAUGGAAUAUUUAAGUUUAGUAUGUAAGUUUAAUUUUAAGGUUAGGUAAUAUUUAAGAUCGUCCGAAUCGAACAUAUUCAUGAGACUGACCAGUGUGACAGUUAUUGCCUUUUUAAUUUAAAAUUUAUAUUUCUAGUCCUUAUAUUUGAUAUUUAAAUCGAUUCUUGUUGUAACAGAUAUUUCUAAAGCUUAAUUUACAAUCAUUGUCUAAAGUAGAUUUAAUUACAUAAUAAAUUAUAUGAAAUUCAA